CGGGGCCGGCCUAGGCGGCGGGAGGCGGCGGCCGCGGCGGCGGGAGGCGGCGGGAGGCGGGCGGAGGAGGAGGCGGAGGAGGCGGGAGCUGAGCUGAGCGGGGCGGGCGGCGGCGGGGCCCGAGCCCGAGAAGAUGGCGGUGCGGAAGAAGGACGGCGGCCCCAACGUGAAGUACUACGAGGCCGCGGACACCGUGACCCAGUUCGACAACGUGCGGCUGUGGCUCGGCAAGAACUACAAGAAGUAUAUACAAGCCGAACCACCCACCAACAAGUCCCUGUCUAGCCUGGUUGUACAGUUGCUACAAUUUCAGGAAGAAGUUUUUGGCAAACAUGUCAGCAAUGCACCGCUCACUAAACUGCCGAUCAAAUGUUUCCUAGAUUUCAAAGCAGGAGGCUCCCUAUGCCACAUACUUGCAGCUGCCUACAAGUUCAAGAGUGACCAGGGAUGGCGGCGUUACGAUUUCCAGAAUCCAUCACGCAUGGACCGCAAUGUGGAAAUGUUCAUGACCAUUGAGAAGUCCUUGGUGCAGAAUAAUUGCCUGUCUCGACCUAACAUUUUUCUGUGCCCAGAAAUUGAACCCAAACUGCUAGGGAAAUUAAAAGACAUUAUCAAGAGACAUCAGGGAACGGUCACUGAGGAUAAGAACAGUGCUUCCCAUGUUGUGUAUCCCGUUCCAGGGAACCUGGAGGAAGAGGAAUGGGUACGGCCGGUCAUGAAGAGAGAUAAGCAGGUUCUUCUGCACUGGGGCUACUAUCCUGACAGUUAUGACACGUGGAUCCCAGCCAGUGAAAUUGAAGCAUCUGUGGAAGAUGCUCCAACUCCUGAGAAGCCUCGGAAGGUUCAUGCAAAAUGGAUCCUGGACACAGACACCUUCAAUGAAUGGAUGAAUGAGGAAGACUACGAAGUAAAUGAUGACAAAAACCCUGUCUCCCGCCGAAAGAAGAUUUCAGCCAAGACGCUGACAGAUGAGGUGAACAGCCCAGACUCAGACCGACGGGACAAGAAGGGGGGCAACUAUAAGAAGAGGAAGCGCUCCCCCUCACCGUCACCAACCCCAGAAGCCAAGAAGAAGAAUGCUAAGAAGGGCCCCUCAACCCCUUACACCAAGUCCAAGCGAGGCCACAGAGAGGAGGAGCAGGAAGACCUGACGAAGGACAUGGACGAGCCCUCGCCCGUUCCCAACGUGGAGGAGGUGACGCUGCCCAAGACCGUCAACACUAAGAAGGACUCGGAGUCAGCCCCAGUCAAAGGCGGCACCAUGACCGACCUAGAUGAACAAGAGGAUGAGAGCAUGGAGACCAUGGGCAAGGACGAGGACGAGAGCAGCCCGGGCAACAAGGGGGAGCAGACCAAGAACCCGGAGCUGCACGAGGACAACGUGACCGAGCAGACCCACCACAUCAUCAUCCCCAGCUACGCGGCCUGGUUUGACUACAACAGUGUUCACGCCAUCGAACGGAGGGCCCUCCCCGAGUUCUUCAAUGGCAAGAACAAGUCCAAGACUCCAGAAAUCUACCUGGCCUAUCGGAACUUCAUGAUUGACACUUACCGGCUGAACCCCCAAGAGUAUCUCACGUCCACUGCCUGUCGCAGGAACCUCGCGGGGGAUGUCUGUGCCAUCAUGAGGGUCCAUGCCUUCCUAGAACAGUGGGGUCUCAUCAACUACCAGGUGGAUGCUGAGAGUCGACCAACUCCCAUGGGGCCUCCGCCCACUUCUCACUUCCACGUCUUGGCGGACACACCGUCCGGGCUGGUGCCGCUGCAGCCCAAGACCCCGCAGGGCCGCCAGGUUGAUGCUGAUACCAAGGCUGGGCGAAAGGGCAAAGAGCUGGAUGACCUGGUGCCAGAGACGGCUAAGGGCAAGCCAGAGCUGCAGAACUCCGCUUCCCAGCAAAUGCUCAGCUUCCCCGACAAAGGCAAGGAGAAACCGGCGGACAUGCAGAACUUCGGGCUGCGCACGGACAUGUACACGAAGAAGAACGUGCCCUCCAAGAGCAAAGCCGCAGCCAGCGCCACUCGCGAGUGGACGGAGCAGGAGACCCUGCUGCUCCUGGAGGCGCUGGAGAUGUACAAGGACGACUGGAACAAGGUGUCCGAGCACGUGGGCAGCCGCACGCAGGACGAGUGCAUCUUGCAUUUCCUCCGGCUUCCCAUCGAAGACCCGUACCUGGAGGACUCGCAGGCCUCCCUGGGCCCCCUGGCCUACCAGCCCAUCCCCUUCAGCCAGUCCGGCAACCCUGUGAUGAGCACCGUUGCCUUCCUGGCCUCUGUCGUCGACCCUCGAGUGGCCUCAGCUGCUGCGAAGUCAGCCCUAGAAGAGUUCUCCAAAAUGAAGGAAGAGGUCCCCACAGCUUUGGUGGAGGCCCACGUUAGGAAAGUGGAAGAAGCUGCCAAAGUGACAGGCAAGGCGGACCCAGCCUUUGGUCUGGAAAGCAGUGGCAUCGCAGGGACCACCUCCGAUGAGCCGGAGAGGAUCGAGGAGAGCGGGACUGACGAGGCGCGGGCAGAGGGCCAGGCCACAGAGGAUAAGAAGGAACCCAAGGAACCUCGAGAAGGAGUUGGGAUUGCGGAGGAAGAAGCAAAGGAGAAGACCAGUGAGCCACCCAAGAAGGACGACGAGAAGGGGAAAGACGGCGACAGCGAGAAGGAGUCAGAGAAGGGUGAUGGAGACCUGACAGCGGAUCCUGAGAAGGAGAAGGAGCCCAAGGAGGGGCAGGAGGAGGUGCUGAAAGAAGCAGUGGAGUCGGAGGGGGAGCGGAAGACGAAGGUGGAGCGCGACAUCGGCGAGGGCAACCUCUCCACCGCUGCCGCCGCCGCCCUGGCUGCCGCCGCCGUGAAGGCCAAGCAUUUGGCUGCCGUUGAGGAGAGGAAGAUCAAAUCUCUGGUGGCCCUGCUGGUGGAGACCCAGAUGAAAAAGCUGGAAAUCAAACUCCGGCACUUUGAGGAGCUAGAGACGAUCAUGGACCGGGAACGGGAAGCGCUGGAGUACCAGAGGCAGCAGCUGCUGGCCGACAGACAAGCCUUCCACAUGGAGCAGCUGAAGUACGCGGAGAUGCGGGCCCGGCAGCAACACUUCCAGCAGAUGCACCAGCAGCAGCCGCCGCCGCCACCGCCGGCCCUGCCCCCAGGCUCCCAGCCGGUCCCGCCUCCAGGCACCGCUGGGCCACCCGCUGUCCACGGCUUGGCCAUGGCUCCAGCCUCUGUGGCCCCGGCUCCCGCGGGCAGUGGGGCCCCUCCUGGAAGCUUGGGGCCCUCGGAACAGCUCGGGCAGGCAGGGCCAACUGUGGGGCCACAGCAGCAGCCACCAGCUGGAGCCCCCCAGCCUGGGGCCGUCCCACCAGGGGUACCGCCCCCUGGACCCCAUGGCCCCUCACCGUUCCCCAACCAACAAACUCCCUCAAUGAUGCCAGGGGCAGUGCCAGGCAGCGGGCACCCAGGCGUGGCGGGUAAUGCUCCUUUGGGUUUGCCUUUUGGCAUGCCGCCUCCCCCUCCCGCGCCAUCCAUCAUCCCAUUUGGUAGCCUAGCCGACUCCAUCAGUAUUAACCUCCCCCCUCCUCCUAACCUGCAUGGGCAUCACCACCAUCUCCCGUUCGCCCCGGCCACGCUCCCCCCACCUAACCUGCCUGUGUCCAUGGCGAACCCUCCACACCCUAACCUGCCGGCGACCACCACCAUGCCAUCUUUGCCUCUCGGGCCGGGGCUCGGAUCCGCCGCAGCCCAGAGCCCUGCCAUUGUGGCAGCUGUUCAGGGCAACCUGCUGCCCACUGCCAGCCCGCUGCCAGACCCAGGCACCCCCCUGCCUCCAGACCCCACGGCCCCGAGCCCAGGCACAGUCACCCCCGUGCCACCCCCACAGUGAGGAGCCGCCCGACAUCUCUCUCCCUCCUCACGCCCCACGGAGAUCAAGGUUCCAGGAACAGCCCCGUCCCCACCACUGGGACCCUUCCCCAGCCUGGAGAGUUCAUCACUACGUAAGAAAGUCCUCCUGCCCCUCCAGAGCCCCCACAGUGCCUGUCAGGGGCAUGCGUUUUUAUAUCGGAUGAUUCAAGAACUGUGGAAAAGAUGUUUCUAAUGUCUGGGAGAGAAGAUAGGAUGGGGACGCUGCCCUCAAAGGAAGGGCUGGGGAAGGCCCUAAUUAACCACUGUUAAGGGUACAUCCCCACAAAACUACUGCAUUUUUUAUGGAUUGGGAAAAAAAAAAGCCCUUUAAAAGGAAGUAGAGAUUUAAAAAAGCCCUCCAACCAGUGAGAAAAAUCCAACUUUUGCAUUUUUUGGAGGAGGGAGGUGAGUUUUAGGAAAGGGGUGUUUAGGUUCUGGGGAGAGCUCUGAUAGAAUAGUGGCAGGGUCUGUCUCCUCCAGCCCUCCUUAGCGAGUCAGCCCCCACCCGCUUGGCCGCCGUUUAUUCCCACUCCUGUCUCCUGCUUCCUCAGUGUUCCUGUUUAGGCCCCCCGGCUCAGCCAGUGACCCCGUUCCCUCUGAAUGUCAGUUUUGUGUUUUUAAAGUCUCCUGCGUAGUAGAUGUCAGCAUAUGUCUAUUUGGCGGGGAAACGUCUCGGGGAUUCCCGUGGUAGGUGGUGGAGGAAGAAAGGGCACGUGGGGCUGUGUGGCCUCCUCCCAGGCCUGACUCCCGGAAGAUGCGGAGAGGGGAGCACCAAAAGAAUGGGAAGUUUUUAAAACGUGGGAUUGUCAAAAAAGCACUUAAGCACCUCCUUCCUACAGAGGGACGUGGUGGGUCCCCCUGUCGCCUCUUCCCUCCCACUGUGACCGACGUGGCUGGUGGUGGGGAAUUCGCUGGGAUUGGGGGUGGCGGCUGGGUACGGGGGCCUGACCUGGGGGCGUGCCGACCCCCGAUGGCAGCUCGUGCUCAGCUCUGCUCCCCAGAUUGCAGCGCCCCGAGCACCAGCCGUCCCCUCCUCACCCCCGACGUGAAGACAGCAGUGAUCCAAGGCUCUCCGCUUCCCGGUCCCUCCCGCCAGGCCCUUUGUCCCUCGUGCCCCCGUUUCUCCUCCUCUGCGUCUUGGCACCUUUUUUCUGUUCGAAAGUUUUCUGUAAAUUUUUUCUUUUCCCUUUUUUUUUUUAUAAAUUAAUUUGCUUUCCGUUCCA